CCCCAGGGCCUCCUUCCAACACUGGAGCGCUAAACCUUACCCUCUUAUACUCUUGCGUUCAAGCAUAGCCCACACGGAAUCAUACCUCCUCAUCCUCACCCCCAUCUAUCUGUUUACCUUUCCCUUAAGUAAACACGACCUUGAACCACCAAAUUGUAUCCCUUAUCUCUGAAAGAUUCCCACUGACUGGAAAUAUUCCAAUUUGCCACUCCUCUACCUGCGUACUCUAUACACCAUCCGUUAUCUUCAAAUCCACUCAUCACUCAUGCCUACCUACGAUCCCCGAACCUACUGCCUCUUCACCAUCUACCACAAAGCCCAGCACCCCACCAGCGUGCGAUACGUCCACCUAGUCCACACAUUUGCUGACUCCGACUACGAAUCCCAGAACUCUUCCACAUCCCCCUCGCCAUCCUCCUCCAGCGACAAGAUGUCGAAACCCGACAAGUACAAGCCCCCCUCGGAACAACCCAUCGCCGUCCCCGCCACCGCCACCAACAGCAGCAGCAACUGGAAGCCGUACACGCAGCCGUACACGGGCGCCGGGGCUCAGCGCAGCGGGCCCGACGGGAACUGGGUUGCGCAGCGCCGCGUCGUCGCGGACUGCUCUGUCCCCUCGCACGCGGCGCCGCCGCUGUAUAUUGUUGAGCCUAGGAAGGUUGGUGGCGGUAAUGGCAGGGAGAAAGCUAAGGACAGUGUUAAGGGCAAGGAUGGGGUUAAGAACGAGGGGAAGGACAAGGGCAGUGGUGCCGGCGAUGAGCAGGAGAGAUUCGACUGCAGCUUUCCUGCCAGCGGCUUGAACUUGAAGCUGCUCGAGGACCUGGCGAAGGGUGGGGAGCGCAAGUGAAGAAUGAGAAUGGGUAGGUUGUUGCUUCUUACCUAGGUACUCACACCCCCCUACCUACAUACCAAGUUUUUUGAGAGUUUAUCUUCACUAACUAGCCGAAAUCAUCAGAUCGGAUCAUCGCAAUGGUAUCAAGACAAGAUACUCCCUAGUCUUCACCAGCACCAUUCAACACCAUUCAGCACGAGCCAUGCCCCUCAUCAACGGGGGGGUGAACUUCCCCCUUUUUUCUUUCUUGGAACUUUCUCUUGGCACGAAAGGAAAUUAAUGUUUUGUCAAGGCAUUUGAGGACGAACUACUUAAUAGGCGAGAUGAGCUUGGACUUGGAAUGCGUACUGUACUUGCUGCACAUUUGUUGGCGGUUACCUAGGUACGAAGAAGGUUCAAGGACAGAGGAGAUGAAAAGGG